AUGACUAUACCUCUCAAAUCGUGUUUAUUUUUGCUGCUAUCAGCAGUUUCCACUGCCUCGGCAAAGACAUUGCUCACAAACGUAACGGACAACAAGAUCGUUUCCAGCGGGGACUUUAAAACACUCGGUGCGCUGAAAUGGCAAUCGAGCGGGAUCUUGUUCGACGGCUGCUCCGAUUCCGUGACAUUCCCAAUUGCAAUCGACAAGUGCUUCAGUCUCCAACUCUCGGCCUCCCCUAAAGAGAACCUUCAAGCACCAAACGCCGACUCGCCUCGCCAACGCAUCGAAUUCCUCACGGAGGGUGCUGCCGAUGGAGCCACCUUCCGGUAUUCGUGGAAAUAUUACCUUUCCUCGAAGACAGGCACCACCAAGAACUUCUUCCACCUCAUGCAAUUGCUCAUGCGAGACGGCGGUCCCGUGAUCGCGUUGGAUGCAGUGAACGACAAGGUUGCGUUACGAGACUUUGUUCGCGACUGCCCAGCGAAGGGAUGUCCGAGUAUUGAUCUGGACGACUUUACGGACCGGACGACUGCACACGACAUGCUCGUCACCUUUGGGCCAAACGGAGCGGUCCAAUACACAGUCAAAGACAGUGUGGGAGGGAAGACACUGCUAAGUUACUCGGCCACUGGCGAGAUGGGGAAGUCCUCUACAUCGUUGAAGUUCGGAAUGUAUAGGCUUGCGGUGGAUGGGAUGACGGCCGCUCGUGCGGCAUUGGGAGACUUUACGGUGAAGAAACUCUGA